AAUUUCUAUAUCUAAACUAUAGCAAAUAGCAAUCCAUAAUUCAAUUUUCUGUAUAGUUGAAAACAGAACGUAAAUUUGAAUCUUAUAACUUUAUAAAUCAUAAUAAUGCCUAAAGUAGUAUCACGAAGUAUAGUCUGUUCGGAUACAAAAGACCAGGAAGAAUACAAUGAAGCGAAACCUUUGCAUAUAUACUACUGCCUUUGUGGGCAAAUGUCUCUUAUUUUGGAUUGUACGAUAGACCGAUUACCCUUACGUCCAACUGAUGAAGCCAGAGUUAUAGAUGGAUCAAAACACGCUCAUAAAAUCACGGCUGAUCCUGACGAAACAGUAUAUCUGAAAAGAGAGAAAGGUAUUGAAAGACAGUACAGAUUGAAAUGCAAGAAAUGUGGAAUACCGAUCUAUUAUAAACAUAAUCAAGAUAGUAACAUUGUUUUUAUAAUGCACGAAGCGUUAGUUUCAUCAGCGGGAGAAGGAACAAUGACAGAUAUUUACAAACAAGUUGCUUUAGCUCAACCUAAAAAGAUUAUGGUAACAAAACAUACUAAGAACAUGGGGAAGUUCAGUUCAGUCACUGUUUCAACUAUUGAUGAAGAAGAGGAUGAGAUUGAAGCAAGAGAGGUGGCAGACAGCUAUGCAAAUAAUGCUAGGAUUAUUGAAAAGCAACUGGAGAGGAAGGGAAUGAAUAAGAGACAAGCAGAGACACCAGCCAACAGUAGUACAGAGAAAAGAGUUCGGGGAACUUUGAUUGAUAAAUAAUUAUAAUUAAUAUUUACCUAAACUUUUUACCUUGUUUCUUUUUCUUAAGUGUGGUAACACUGGAAUUAAACAUGGUAGAGAAGGCUAAAGGACACCAAUGUCCAAUGCCUUGAUAAAAAAAACAAUAGUAGAGAUGAUUUGUUUCAAAUAAAAUCAUGAAAAAUAUUAUAUCUCUGUGUUCCAGAGAAUCAUUAUAUAUUUGCCAUUUAAAAUAUUUUUAAAGAGUUACAAAAUAAAAAUCAUACUGU